CCUCGAAAGCUGUAAGCUGAAGACUGACUUUUGGCAGCAACCAGGGUCCUUGGAUUGAAAUCCAACCUCUGGAUCUUAGACCUCCUGUCAUAAAUGAAUGAAUCUAGCCUUGUUUACGCUUUAAGGGUCAUUUGACAUUCCCCUAUAAAUUAGCACCUUCACUCCCCUCCAUUCUCGCCGUCGAGCAAGAGCCAUUCUUCUUUCUCUCUCUCUCUCUAUACAUAGCGACGUAGGGUUGUUUGUAGAUCUGGUUUCAUAUUCAUUCAGAAAUGGAGACCUUCCUAUUCACUUCGGAAUCGGUGAACGAGGGACACCCCGACAAGCUCUGCGACCAGAUCUCCGAUGCAGUGCUCGAUGCUUGUUUGGCUCAGGACCCCGACAGCAAGGUGGCUUGCGAAACUUGCACCAAGACCAACCUGGUCAUGGUUUUUGGAGAGAUCACCACUAAAGCCAAUAUAGACUACGAGAAGAUUGUGCGCGACACUUGCCGUUCUAUUGGAUUCACUUCCGAUGAUGUGGGUCUCGAUGCUGACCAUUGUAAGGUGCUUGUCAAUAUUGAGCAACAGAGUCCUGAUAUUGCUCAAGGUGUCCAUGGCCAUCUCACUAAGCGCCCUGAGGAAAUUGGUGCUGGUGACCAAGGUCACAUGUUUGGCUAUGCUACUGAUGAGACCCCUGAAUUAAUGCCCUUGAGUCAUGUUUUGGCUACCAAACUCGGUGCUCGUCUCACUGAGGUUCGCAAGAAUGGUACUUGCCCCUGGCUCAGGCCUGAUGGUAAAACUCAAGUUACUGUCGAGUACUACAGUGAUAAUGGUGCCAUGGUUCCUGUCCGUGUCCACACUGUUCUCAUCUCUACCCAGCACGAUGAGACUGUGACAAACGAUGAAAUUGCUGCUGAUCUCAAGGAGCAUGUCAUCAAGCCUAUUAUUCCUGCCAAGUAUUUGGAUGAGAAGACCAUCUUUCAUCUGAAUCCAUCUGGGCGUUUUGUUAUUGGUGGUCCUCAUGGAGAUGCUGGUCUCACAGGCCGUAAAAUCAUUAUUGACACUUAUGGUGGAUGGGGUGCUCACGGUGGCGGCGCUUUCUCUGGGAAGGACCCAACCAAGGUGGAUAGGAGCGGAGCCUACAUUGUGAGGCAGGCUGCAAAGAGCAUUGUAGCCAGUGGGCUGGCUAGAAGGUGUAUUGUUCAGGUUUCUUAUGCCAUUGGUGUUCCUGAACCUUUGUCGGUGUUUGUGGAUACAUACGGCACUGGAAAGAUUCCUGACAAAGAAAUCCUCAAGAUUGUGAAGGAGAACUUUGAUUUCAGGCCUGGUAUGAUUUCCAUCAACCUUGACCUUAAGAGAGGUGGCAAUGGCAGGUUCUUGAAGACAGCUGCAUAUGGUCACUUUGGCAGAGAUGAUGCUGAUUUCACCUGGGAAGUGGUCAAGCCCCUCAAAUGGGAAAAGCCUCAAGCUUAAUUGAGGUCUCUUCACAAGUUCCUGAUAUAUGAUACAUUGACUGAUUACCGCCCGCUGCCCCCUGUCAUCAAUUUUUUAGAGUUUUUUUUUUUUCUUUGCUUUUUUUGUUGCUUGUCAUUAGAUUAACGGAAAAAAAAAAAAAAAAAAAAAA